UUUGUUUCUGAGCGCAACAAGUGGACGCGUCCCGUUUAAUACCAAUCACUUGAGUCUGGGACGAUACCUGGCUUCGUCCGUUCCUUUCAUUGACGACAGAAGGGUGCAAGGAAAUAAUCGAAGCGGUGUAACGCUGGAGCUUAUUCAGAAUAACAGAAAUUAGUUUAAAAUAAAUAUUGGUUUGCCCUUGCUAACUUUUAUAGUAGCGCGGAUUGCUAUGCUUCUGAAAGCAAAACGUGCGGAUUAAAACGCCACCGAGUUCGAGAGUCCUGUGUCAUGAAACUGAAUCCACAGCAAGCUCCGUUAUAUGGCGAGUGUGUCCUUACUGUGCAGCUGUGUGAUGAAGAGGUCUGUGAGGAAGAGGAGGAUGUAGAGUUCUAUCUGUUGUUCUCUGGAAGCACCCAGACGCACCUCAGCAGCACCGUGAGAACCAGCCAUGUUACCCUGCAGGCUGUUUGCCCUGCGCACGACUGCUGCGAGACGGUGCGGGUGACGCUGUGCUCGGCGGCGGCGGGCCGGCCCGCGGGCCCGAUGGCAGAGGAGCGCUUGCGAUUCGUGCAGGACCUGGCCUUCGACGUGGCGCAGUUCCUGGUGAGCGCGGCGGGCCGGCGGGACGGGCUGGAGGACGCCGCGCUGCUGGACCGGUGCCGGGUCCCCCCGCGGGACCGCGACGGGCUGGACCGGGGCCUGGCCCGAGCCCUCAGGCACCUGCCCCUGCCCCCCGGCUGGAGCCUGCUGGGACCCGACGCAGGCGCCACUGGAGAUCCGGCCCCUCAGGAGACGCUGCUGCACUUUGUGGCUCGCCGCGGUCUCCGCCGCGUGGCCGUGUUCCUGCUGAAGCAGCCGGGGGGCCGGGAGGCGCUGGGGCUCCCCAAUAAACAGGGGGCCACCCCGGCCGGCGUGGCAGAGCAGAGAGGCCACAGCCAGCUCCAGCAGAUCCUCUCGCAGGAGGACGGCGGGCCGAUGGCCAGCUCCGACGAGCCCUGGGAGAUGCGCUCGGGGGACCGCGUGGCGCGACACCACCCCAGACUCGACACCUACACCCUGACCGUUCCCACGGCGCCCGGCCGGCCGCCGCCCAGCCUGCAGGAGGAAGUGGAGGAGCUGCGCCGUCUGAUUGGCUGUCGCAUGCAGAGACAGGGAAGCCCCGAGCCGGAGACGGAGACGGGCGGGUCCCGUUCGGGCCGGGCCGGGCCGAGGUCGCCGCCGGGAACGGGGCGGGGGACCCCUCUCGCGGCGCGCGCCGGACACGAGACCCGCGGGGAGCCCCCGCCGGUCCCGCCCCGCGCCCGCGGCAACGGAGGGGCGGGGGGACGCCGAGGAGGAGGUUGCGGAGCGGGAGAGGAAGGGGGGGCGGGGCCGGCGGCCGGCUGUGGCACGGGGGAGGCAGAGCGCCGCGGAGUCGCUCAGAGGAGUCGGACGGAGGAACAGCGCUGCUGCUCUCUCGCCGGCUGCGACGCGUCGCGGGGAGAGUCUGACACGCUUGGGCAGGAAGGAGAGAGCCGCGCAGAGCAAGAGAGAGAGAGAGGAGAGGGGGGCGAGGGGGGACAGACGGGAGGCAGCACUCGGCGGCAGAGCUCAGAGCCCAGCGGGGACCCCUCGGAGACAGACAUGGGGCUCGCGCAGUCUCAGGAGCACCCCGAAUCGGAGUGGUACAGCGAAGGGGAGGAGGCGACCGAGAGGGAGGAAGAGGGAGGGAGUGGGAGGACCGCUGAAGACGAAAGCUUGGGUGGAGGAGGGAGCUCCAGGGGGGAGGAGGACGGAGAGACGGAGGACCCGCACUCUCCCCUUGGCGCGGCUCUUUUGGGGGACGCCGGGGGCCGGUGCGAGGCGGGAGUCGCCGGAGAUCGGGCCCCCGAACCUGCACCCCCAGCGACAGGCGAGGAGGAACCGAAAUCGGAGAGCGAGGGCUGGCAACAAAGCAAGGAAACAGCUGCGGGGGAUGGAGGGACAGAGGGAGAGGGAGAGAGGGGGACAGAGAGGGGUGGAGAUGCAGGGGGGGGCCCCGGGCAGGCUGCGGGCCCCGUGCGAGAGCCGGCCCCCGGCAGCGCUCGGACAGAGACAGGAAAUCACAGCGAGGGAGAUAACAGCAGCGCUGAAUCACCAUCUGGAGCAAAGGGCGAGCCAGCACAGUCCGAGACUGCUGGAGGAAGCAUCAGCCAGUCAGGCGCACAGAUGGAGAGAGCCAAGGACUGCUUCGACCUAUCAGAUAUACGGAUGGAGAGAAGUGAGGAACAUCUUGGGCAGUCAGAGCUUACAGAGAAAUACCUCGACCAAUCAGAUAUGCAGAGAGAAAGAAUGGAAGAAUGCCUCGGCCAAUCAGAUCCUCUGAAGGGGAGUUCAGUGGAAUACCUCGGCCAGUCAGAGAGAGCGGAGCCUCACGCAGCAGCAGGAGAUACCACACCGGUGCAUAAUCCACUGUCUCUACCAGAGCUCACUAUCAAAGAGGAGAAACCUGCAGAUGACAUGGUACAGACCAUAGAACACACAAAAUGCCAGCAACUCCCACUGCCUGAGCGUGACAUCACUUCCUGUUCUUCAGCCACAGAAACUGGUGUUGAAAAGGGGAGCCAGGAGGAAGAGGGCGGAGCCUGCGAUGUAAAUGCAGAGGCGGCCAAUGUGCACUCUGGCUCCAUGGCUGAAGCAUUUCACCUACCUGAGGACUCCAGGAAGACAACAUCUAAACAGGAAGAGAAACCCCCUGAAGAGGAAGACAAGGGAACGCUAUUGGCCAAUGAUGGGACCCUCUCAUCUCUGGGCACUCAUUGCACCUUAAGUGGGGUCAAUGCAGACAUUGAUGUUUGGAGAGAGGAAGAGAGAAGUGAUGAGAAAGCUGUGACAUCACUGAGUGAAGAGCCCCACCCACAGAUUCUAUCCAAUCAGGGCACAGCAGAGACAUUGAAGCACGAGCCCUCUGCAGGGGGUCACUGCACGGGGUCUGGACCCAAUCAGGAGAAUCAGGAAGCUGAGCUAGGGUCAGAGGUCAUGGAGAUAGACACAGAGGGAAUUAAUGCUCACUCAGGCCCCCAGAUAGAUGAGACCACACUGGGGUCAGAGGUCAUUGAAGAAGUUACAGAUGGGAAAAAUGUCCACUUAAUCACCUGCUCAGAGGAGACCACAGUGGGGUCAGAGGUCAUAGAGAUUGACACCGGAGGAAGUGUUGUCCAGUCAGCUAGCCAGAUUGACAAAAUCAUGCUGGGAUCAAAGGUCAUGGAGACAGUUACUGGUGGAAAUGAUGUCUGCUCAGAUGACCAGAUAGAGGAUACCACUCUGGGGUCAGAGGUUACGGAUGCUGUGACGGGUGAAAGUGAUGUCCACUCUGACAGUCAGAAAGAAGAGACCACGCUGGGGUCAGAGGUCACAGAGACAGUUACAGGUGAAAUUGAUGUUCACUCCGACAGUCAGAAAGAACAAACUGCACUUGGGUCAGAGGUCACGGAGACAGUCAUAAGUGGAAGUGACUCUGACAGUCAGAAAGAGGAGACCGCAUUGGGGUCAGAGGUCAUCGAGACAGUUACAGGUGGAAAUGAUGUUCACCCAGAUGGCCAGAAAGAGGAGACCACAUUGGGGUCAGAGGUCAUGGAGACAGUUGCAGGUGGAAGUGAUGUCCGCUUAUAUGGCCAGAAAGAGGAGGCCACAUUGGGGUCAGAGGUCAUCGAGACAGUUGCAGGUGGAAGUGAUGUUCACUCAGACAGCUGCACAGAGGCGAUCGCACUGGGGUCAGAGGUCGCACAGACCGCUACGGCUGGAAGUGAUGUCCACUCAGACGGUUGCACAGAGAUGACUACAUCUGAGAGAGAGGUGGACACACAUGAGCAUGAGACCACAGCAACCUUUGAGCCAGUAGUUGUUUGUUUGAACGACGUGAGCUCUGGAACCAUGAGCUCUCCCACAGACGGGGGGGAGCCUACAAGGGACCCCACGGUCACAAUGGACUGUGAGCCCGAGGAGGAGCUGGAACCUGUGGACAACAAAAACGCCACACCCCAGGCCACGUCCCACGACCCCACUGCUCCUGAAGCAUCUCCUGAGAACCCUAACCCAGACUGUGCCGACGCUGCAGAGCAUCACGGUCCAUCCCUUGACCCCACCCUGGAGCUGAGGGGGGAGGAGUGUGAGGAUAUAGAGGAGAGGAAGAGCAAGACGUCUGUAGAGACGAACGCCAUGCCAGCAACAGAGGAUGUUUCCAUGGUGAGCCAGGAAGACAGUCGAGGAGGGCCGUCCUCAGCUGCUGCGACAGACGAAGGAGACGAAGAGAUCCACAGAGAGGGCGACUCUCUCCGCCCCUCCCCUCUGUGCGCAGACGCGGCUCAGGCGGAGAAGCGGAGCUCAGAGCAGCCAGAAUCCUCGCCGCGCCCGGCCCCUCGGAGCACAGGAAGCAGCGCGUCGCUCACCCAGCGCGACUCGGGCAGCGACGGCGACGGCUGCUUCGCCGCUGACGCAGGGGUGUACAGCGCAUUGCCAAAGGUGGAGGUAGAGUUGGUGUCCGGGGACAGUGUGAGCGAAGUGUCAGUUUCCUGCUCGUCCAAUGAUGACGCUGCAAGCCUGGGGCCUCCUGGCUCCGCCCCUGACUGCAGCGUGGGGGGGAGGAGGAGCUGGAGUUCGGAGGAGGUGCAACGGGCAGGGGCAGCAGGGGCGGGGGAGGAGGAGGAGGAGAAGGACCGCUUGACGGAGGUGCCCGCUGGCUCCGCCCUCCUGCUCUGCCCCGCCCGCUCCCCCUCCCCUUUCCGCCGACACAGCUGGGGGCCCGGGAGGAGCCCUGAGGGAGAGGCAGAGAUCAGUCAGCGCAGAUUAUCUGGGAGUCUGGCAAAAGGAAUGCUAACAUUUCAGAGGAGAAGUUACAGCCUGGAGGGCCUGUCCACGGACGGCGACGGUACGAGGGACCGCCUCAGACGGCGGGCGACGGCCCCGUGCCGCGGCCUGGCGCCCCGCCCCCGGAGCGCGGAGAGGGGGUCCGCGGCCUCGCUGACGGAGGACGACCUGGGAACGGACCUGGGGGAGGACCUGGGGCAGCGUAGCAACAGCCUGGGCCGACAGAUAUCGGCAGUGUUCCGCCCUAAAAAGCGUAUCCAUGGCUCCAUGACCCUGCCCCUCUCCAAGUCAGUGUCCCUGUCGGCCAUCAACCAGAGGGAGCAGGACGGAAUGAGGUCUUCCUCCAGCGUCUCCAGCUCUUCGGCUCAACGCUACAUCAGGAGCAAGAUGUACAAGAAGACCAAGGAGAAAGAGAAGGAAAAGAACAGAGGCAAAGAAAAAGAAAAAGAGGUGAAAGAGAGGGACAAGCGAACAUUGAACGGACAUGUCUUUAGUGCCGUAAGCUCCGCCCCCGUGCAGUGUCACCAGUGCCACAAAACCAUCACUGCAAAGGAGGCAUUCAACUGCACCACAUGUGGCUGCUCACGCAGACCCAGCAGCAUCAGACCGUUCUGCAGCACUAACCUGUCCAAGAGCAUCUCAAUCAGCAACAUCGCAGGCCCGGGGUUGGACGAGAUCCCUUUGAAAAGCCUGCGCUACCGGUCCCAGUCCACGGACUCUCUGAACCAGACCAGCAAGGUCAACGAGUCCACCGAGUCCCUCACAGACGAAGGGACAGAGAUGAUGGACAGCCAGCUGAUGGGCGAGUUCGAGGCGGAGGCGAAGGACCUGGAGCCCGAAUCCUGGACCUUCACCGUGGGCAAGAAGUACCUGGAGCAGCUCCGCAAGGACGUCAUUAAGAGACAGGAUGUGAUCUACGAGCUGGUGCAGACGGAGAUGCACCACGUGCGCACGCUGAAGAUCAUGUCGGAGGUGUUCAGCAAAGGGCUGCAGAAGGAGGUGCAGCUGGAGGCGCAGACGGUGGAGCGGGUCUUCCCCAUGCUGGACGAGCUGCUGGAGGUCCACAGCGGCUUCCUGGCCGGCCUGCUGGACCGCAAGAGGGAGGCCCGGCGGGAGGGGGACGACACCGCCAACUUCCUCAUCCGCAGGAUCGGAGACGUGCUCGUCACACAGUUCUCGGGCAGCAGUGGCGAGCGCAUGAAGAAAGUCUACGGCAAGUUCUGCGGCCGCCACAAGGAGGCGCUCAACUUCUACAAGGAGCUGCACGCCAAAGACAAGCGAUUCCAGGCCUUCAUCAAGAGGAAGAUGAGCAGCCCCGUGGUCCGGCGCCUGGGCGUCCCCGAGUGCAUACUGCUGGUGACCCAGCGCAUCACCAAGUACCCCGUGCUGCUGCAGAGGCUGCUGCACAACACCAAAGAGGGGGAUGAGGACCGGGCGGCGGUGGCGCAGGCCCUGGGGCUGGUGCGGGAGGUGACGUCGGCGGUGGACCGGCGGGUGAGCGAGCUGGAGCAGAAGCAGCGGCUGCGGGAGGUGUACCGGCGCACGGACGGCCGCUCCAUCAUGCGCAUGCGCAGCGGCCAGAUGUUCGCCCGCGAGGACCUGCUGCGGGGGCGGAGGCUGCUCCACCACGGGCCCCUGCAGCUCAAGACCUCCACCGGCCGGCUGAAGGACGUGCAGGCCCUGCUCCUCUCCGACGUCUUCGUCUUUCUGCAGGAGAAGGACCAGAAGUACGUCUUCGCCUCGCUGGAUCAGCGGUCCUCGGUGCUCUCCCUCCAGAAGCUGAUCGUGCGGGAGGUGGCCAACGAGGAGCGGGGCCUGUUCCUCAUCGCCGCCGGCGAGGAGCGGCCCGAGAUGGUGGAGGUGCACGCCGGCUCCAGGGAGGAGCGCAACGCCUGGAUCCAGCUCGUCCAGGACGCCGUCGCCUCCGUGGAGAAGGAGGAAGAUGAGGGUGUCCCCAGUGAGUCCGAGGAAGACAAGAGGGUGCUGGAGACGAAGGCCAAGGAGUUGAGAGACCAGCUGCGCAGGAAGGACCAACAGAUCGCCGCUCUGCUGGAGGAGAAGCUGAGGGUCUUCCAGGACAUGGGGAGCGAGGGCGGGCCCGGGGGCGGGGCCCUGUUCCGGGCCCUCGCCCAGGACACGCCUACCGGGGAGCUGGCCAUGACGGACGCCCUGAGAGAAGUGGAGAGCUUGCAGGCUCUGGUGAACACUGGUCAGGGCGGGGCAGUGGAUCACGGGGGCAGUGCUGAGUCUGUGUGGGCCCCCUGCAGACCCGAAAUCUUCAGCAGCUUUGACAGGAACCAGACGAACAACAUCUCUAAAAAUGGGGAAGCAGACUCACCGGACCUGCAGAGAACAGAGUCAGACAGUGCAUUAAAAAAGGGGGGAAACUCCAACGUCCUGCUGCUGAGGAAGAGGGACAGCGAGCUCCUCCACAGUGUGUGUCGGCUGCAUGAGCUGCUGAGCGCGCUGCAGGCGGUGGUGGUGCAGCAGGACUCCGUGCUGGAGGAGCAGCGGAGUGCACUGACCGAGCGACCCUCCUCCUCCUCCUCCUCCCCCUCCCCCUCCUCCUUGUCCUCCUCCUGGCGGUCCUCCUCCCUGGUGGAGCAGGAGAAGCAGCGCAGCCUGGAGAAGCAGCGGCAGGAGGUGGCCAACCUGCAGCGGCAGCAGGAGGCGCACGCCGCCGAGCGCCGCCGCCGGGAGAGCGAGUGGGAGGAGCGGGAGCGGGAGCUGACGGGCAGGGAGGCGCGCCUCCUCCAGCUGGACGAGGAGACCCGGCGCGGGCGCGGGGAGGUGCAGAGGGAGCAGCAGGAGCUCCGCUGCCAGAAGGAGGAGUACCAGAGGGACCUGGAGCGGCUGAGGGAGGCGCAGAGGAGGCUGGAGAGGGACGGGGAGCAGGUCGAGCGGGAGCAGCAGCAGGCCCGGGCGGCGGAGGAGAACCGGAGCGGCAGGGCGCCCUCUAGCGCCUCGGAGGACUCCCUGCAGAUUCCCAGUCCCGUGGAGCGCAGGCUCUCCUCGUCCCCCAUAAGGGACACGCUCAUCAGGAUGGGCUCCUUACGCAAGGGGAAGACCCUGAACCCCUUCGCCUCCAACCCCAGCCACAAGGCCCCGCCCGGGGACGGGCAGAGCCACAUAUCCGGCCGCCUGCUGCAGCUGACCAAGACCAAGGAGCCCAAGGAGCCCAAGGAGAAGAAGGAGCCCAAGGAGAAGAAGGAGAAAAAGAAGAAGAAGAAGGACAAAGGGCAGCUCCCACAGCCUGCAGACUCCACCCUGCUUUCAGGCUCAGAGCAGCCCGUGGAUAGAGAGAUCCUGUUCUGCUGACCUCACUCUGUCCUCCAGUAUCCCAUAAUUCUCCACUCUCGUGAGAACUGCAGCCGUUGCCUGCAGGGCCAAGCAGAUGUGGCUGGAAGGCAACGUGCCCCGUUCUCAGUGACCCUGGAACUGACGCUGGGAUUUGGAAGGCACCCUGUCCUGCGGACUGGCACAUCUCCGCACUGACUCUAGAACUUUCCGUCGGUUUUUCCUUAGCUUAAGGACACGAGAACUGUGACCAUUUAUAUGCUGAAUACUGUACAUUUUGAACUUUAGGGUAAGAAAAGGUAAAGUGAAGAAAAAAACAA